ACGGAGAAAUGGAUCAAAAAAUGAAAACGUGUGAGAAGGGUGAUGGAUAAACACCAUCAUAAUUGAAAAGGGGGUCGGCAAACAAAAAAAGUGAUUAGAAACCCACUUAAAAUCCGACACUUCUCAUCCAACUCCAAAACAACAAGAACCAAAGAAAACCCUACCAUCUCUGUUUCAUCAUAAUUCUGAAAGAAAUCCAAAUACCCACGUCACGGAUUUGCAAGUUUCCGUGUAGAUUAGCAUUAAUCAAACAAAAAGUCAUCAUUUUUAUGCCAUAAAUAUAUAUAUCUUAUAUAUAUAUACACAUACGAAUACAAGAAGUCGAAUGUCAUCACACCUUGGAUCCUCAUGUUCUUCACUUCAACUACUUUCAGUUACUGGAUAUACUUGGUCAAAGAACUGCGUACAAGUUACGUAUCAAGAUUUCUUGUUGAUAGAUGGUGCUUUUGAUUUGAGUGAUCAUCUGAUUUUUUGGGUCUUUACCCGAUUCUGCCAACAGAUUUGAUAUCGCUAGAAAGGUAGUUGAGUGAGAUUUGAUCGUCAUCAAUGGCGGAAAUGGUUGGUCCGAGGUUAUACAGUUGCUGUAAUUGUCGAAACCAUGUGGCCCUUCAUGAUGAUGUCAUUUCUAAAGCUUUUCAGGGAAGAAAUGGUAGAGCGUUUUUGUUCUCCCACGCGAUGAAUGUCUCAAUGGGACCAAAAGAAGACAGACACCUGAUGACUGGUCUCCACACGGUUGCUGAUGUGUUCUGCUCUGAUUGCCGUGAGGUGUUGGGUUGGAAAUAUGAACGGGCGUAUGAGGAAUCACAAAAGUACAAGGAAGGCAAGUUCAUUCUUGAGAAAUCGAAAAUUGUCAAAGAAAACUGGUAGUAAAUAGUAAUAACAUAUGCUGCAAGUGGAUGAAAAUGUCUUUUUUAAGUGUUGAUGCUAUCCAAUAAUUUCAUAUUGGUUGGAAAGUGUUUCUGUUGUUACGCAUUGUCGAUUCUGUCUCUCCCAUGGAAACCUGCCUGCAUUUAAGAUUAAUGGAAACUUAUGAAUAGCUUUCUUGUUAUUCAGAUGUCUUGUAAAUCAGUUAUCUCAGAAUUUGGCUUUGUGAUUCUUUAUGUAU